CCGGUUGUAGCUGUAGUUUUAGCCGACCCAAAACAGAGGAAAACAGAGGCUGUUCUGGAGCCGACUGAAAUGUCGUGCUUAACAGAACACACUGUAAAAGCCUGUUCACUCUGCUUCAUAUAUGCCUCAGAAACCCUGUUUCGCUAUGCUACAGCAGCACCAAUCUCACUCUCCCACACUCUCUCUCUCUCCUCCUUCUCUCUCCAUAAAACCCCCUUCACCCCCUCCCCGCAAAAACCCAAAAUCCCAUUCUCUCAUUUUCUUCACCAUCAUCUUAUAUCACUGCUCCAACAAAAAUAUCAAACACCUUUGAUUAAACCACACAACCAAACCAAACUUAGCCGUUUGAUUGAGACCCAAAUGCCGUCGGACUCGAGCGAUCAGCAGAACAACCAGAACCGGAGGCCGGCGAAGGCCCAGACCCCGGGUGCCCCACCUCCGGAGCUAGAGCACCUCCCUUGCCCUCGCUGCGACUCCACCAACACCAAGUUCUGUUACUACAACAACUACAACUUCUCCCAGCCCCGCCACUUCUGCAAGUCCUGCCGCCGCUACUGGACCCACGGCGGCACCCUACGCGACAUCCCCGUCGGCGGCGGAACCCGCAAGAACGCUAAGCGCUCCCGCACCACCAGCUCCUCCGCCAUGAUCGCCACCACCGCCACUUCCUCACUGUCCGACCACCCAAUUCCCCCCACCCCAGUUUUUAUGAACCCGGGUGGCGUCGCGGCGUUUGGGGACUUGAAGGGGAAUGUGGGAAAUGGAUGCGGUGGUGGGGCCGGCGGCGCUAGCUUCACUUCUCUGCUCAAUACUCAGGGGCCUGGGUUUUUGGCCUUAGGGGGGUUUGGUCUUGGGCUGGCCAAUGGGUUUGAAGAGAUGGGCUUUGGGCUUGGGAGAGCGGUGUGGCCUUUUCCCGGGGUGGGAGAUGGUGGUGCUGGUGUUGGAGGUAAUGGUGGGGGCCAAGGGAUGAUGAACACAUGGCAAUUUGAGAGUGGAGAAGGUGGUGGGAUUGUGAAUGUGGGUGUUGGCUCUGUUGGGGGUGAGUUCUGUUCUUGGCCAGAGUUGGCAAUUUCUACCCCUGGAAAUGGUCUCAAAUGAAAAAAAAAAAUCUGUUCUUUUUUUGUCUCUCUCCUAAUUCUCUCCUCCUCCUCCUCUUUUUUGUAUCUUAUGGAUAAUAUUGUGUGUCCUGCUGUAGACUUCUAA